ACAUGUUCAGACAGUGCAUUGCUUCUGCGCCAAAGAGGAAAGUUGGCGAUGGAAGUGGCUCCAUGCGAUCGAGGAAGAUUCAGAAGGUAGUACCGCCCAGUCAAGGGAGACAACCUGAUGGACCGACCACACUCCCGCCACUGACUCCCUCUUCACUUCCUUCCUCUGCGAGCUUAACUCCCACUCGCCUGGGUAGCUCGAGUGAGGUCCUCUGCGCUGCCAGUGACUUAGGAAAAGGACUGCUUGAGGAGAUCGACCAUGACGCUUCAAUGCUCCAAAACUUCGAAUCCUACCCUCGGCUCAGCGUUGAAGUCGUCCUAAGAAGAGGGCUUGCUCAACUGAAGUCACUUGUCACCAUUAGUCAUGCUCAGCUUCGAGCGGUGGAUUACAAGGAGUUGAUCAAGGUGCUAAACGAUCAACUGGUGGAGGCCCAGGCUACGGUAAAGACUUUAACGGCUUCAGAAAAAGACUCCAAAUCUAAGUUGGAGCAGGCAGAAAAAACCGUAGCCGAACGGGAUGAGUCUCUUAGGAAACUUUCUGAGGAGAAUCAACAGCAGGUUCAAAACAACAAUUCCUUGACAGCCCAACUGGAGAAGCUGGCUCGGGAUAAUGAGAGACUAAUCAGCGAAAAUGAAGAGUUGAAACAAGAAAAGGAGCUUGAUUUAAUUCGCUUUGAGGAGGCCUGCUUCGAUUGCUUUUAUCAAGUCUGGAAGCUGAACAAACCUCUCAAUCUCGACUUUUUCACCAAGGAGGUUCAGGCUGAAGAGCUUGCCAGAUGCGAAGCACGGGCUGCUGAAGAAGCUGCCAAUCCUCCCGCACCUGCUCCCGCCUCCUCUGCCUUAUCAUUCCGAGCAAGAGGAGCAGCCGAAGCCGAGGAAGGGGUUGAUCAACCCACAAGAGAUGCACGCCAGUGACUCCUUAGCAUAGUCUAUCAUAGUUUGCUUUACCUUGUAUAUUGUUGCUUGGACUAGUGAGCUAUUUUGACACUUAGCGCUUUACUCUUUUUUUUUUUGCUGACAACUCUAAACUUUUAAGUUUUUGUUGUACAUAGUAAAGUUCUUAGAUGCCUUUAAUUUCACAUGAGUAUUUAGUUUUCUAACUUAGA